AUGAAACGCGACAAAGUAUUCUCCCCCAAAGUAGAUGAGUCUCUGUACUCCAGACAGCUGUACGUCAUAGGAAGCGAGGCAAUGAAAAGAAUGCUAAAAUCACACGUUCUAAUUUUAGGUCUGAAAAAGUCAGGCAUCGAGGUGGUGAAGAAUCUUGCACUGGCUGGGAUAAGAACUAUCUCCGUAUUCGACCCGUCUCCUCUGUCUCCCGAAGAUCUGAGCACUAUCUACUACUGCUCUGAGUCCGACAUAAACGACAGAAUAGACAAAAGCAUAGAGUACAAACUAAAAGAGCUAAACACACAAGUUACCAUAAAAGUGCUUGAAACAGAGCCAGAGGACAUCACGCCGUACACCGCUGUGAUGGUCAAUGACGCUUCUCUCGACUACCAGCUCAGCAUAAAUGAAAAAUGCAGAAAGCUGGACAUUCCGUUUAUCUCUGUGAGAACAAAAGGCCUUUUUUUCCAGCUUUUCUGCGACUUCGGAGAUUCGUUCAUAAGCACCGAUACAAACGGAGAGGCGCCUUUCAUUGGAACUAUAAAGUCAGUCUCAUCCACGGGAAUAGUUACCGUGCUCGAAGAAGAAAGACACACGCUGGAAGAUAACGAUGAAAUACUGGUAAAAAAAAAGAAGUACACAGUUAAAGACACAAAGGCAUUUACGUUCGCGCUGGAAGGGUACACAGGAGAAGAUCUGGCAGGAGAGUCUUUUGAGCAAAUAAAAAGAAGAACUGUGAUACGGUUCAAGCCGCUAAAAGAGGCCCUGGCCAAUCCGCUGAUUCACUCAGACUUCAAUGGAUCAGAAAUAAUCCACAACUGUUUCGGAAUGUACGACAAAAUAAAAACACUUUCUCUGCAGGAGUCCAUAGAGGAGUACACAAAGAGCCACAAAAUACACACAGAUGACAUGUACAUCGUGCGAGAGUUCUUCAGACAGCCAGAUGCUUCGAUUUGCCCAAUCACAUCGAUUGCUGGCGGAAUGGCAGCGCACGAAGUGCUGAAGGCGUGCAGUGGAAAGUUCACUCCGCUGCAGCAGUUCAUGUACUACCACGCGCUGGAAGCCCUGCCUCCUGCAAUAUACAAAAAAGUAACGGAGAGAAUAGCCACUCAGCAGAGCCGGUAUUCUCCCAUUAUGGAAAUAUUUGGAGAUAGCGCAAAAGCGAUAUUCGAGGCAGGAAUAUUUGUGAUAGGAGCAGGCGCAAUAGGAUGCGAGCAUUUGAAGAACAUUUCUAUGAUGGGCAUGGGAAAAGAGGGGAAAGUGGCGCUGACUGACAUGGAUGCAAUUGAAAGAUCAAACCUGAACAGACAGUUUCUGUUCAGAGAGAACGACAUCUCUCACAUGAAAUCAGUUGUAGCCGCAAGAGAAGCAUCGAUGCUAAACCCAAAUAAUGCGAACAACCCCAUUAUGGCAUACGUUUCCAAAGUGGGAAAAGAAACAGAGUCACUUUUUAACGACGAGUUCUACAGCAAAAUCGACGUAAUACUCAACGCACUGGACAACGUAGAGGCCAGGCUGUACGUUGACAACAGGGCAGUCUACCACAAAGUUCCUGUCAUUGAUUCGGGUACGCUGGGAUCAAAGGGACACACACAAGCAAUCAUUCCAGGAGUAACAGAACACUAUGGAAACACGAAUGACCCCCAGGAGAGAUCCAUCCCGCUGUGCACCAUUCGUAACUUUCCCUAUCUCCCUGUGCACUGUGUGGAGUGGGCCCUGGCUGACUUCAAGAGUCUUUUCUUCGAAAGAAUCAUCGAAGCCAAAAAGUACAUAGCAGAGGCAGCUACAGCAGAGCUGUCAGACGCAAUAGCAACACUCAUCCACGGAAGACCGAAGACAGCAACAGAAGCAAUGAAGUAUGCGGUAGAUCUGUUUAAGGAAAGAUUUACAGCAGGGCCAAAGAGACUCUGCGAGUCGUUCCCUAAGGAUCACAUAACAGAAGAAGGAACGCUCUUCUGGAUUCCUCCAAAGAAAAUGCCUACGCCUGUAGAGCUGUCGUUUGAUGACCCUCUACACACAAAGUAUUUGGAAGCAGCCUACUAUCUCGUGCUGCGAACAUUUGCCAUAGAAGGAAAUAAAAGCUAUGAUGAAGCUGUGAAAGAGUACAGAAGUACGGCAAGCACUGAAACUAGCGCAGUAGAGCCAUCUGAUAAAAACAAGGCACAUGAGAAGCCAUCACUAGCAGGAAUUGACCUGGCGAGUGUUUCUCUCGUGGAGGAAGAGUUUGAAAAAGAUUCAGAAACAAACAGCCACAUCGACUACAUCACAGCAGCAACAAAUAUAAGAUCAAAUGUGUACGGAAUUCAGUCUCUGGAUGCUUUAGAAAUAAAAAGAAUAGCAGGGCGAAUUAUCCCUGCAAUAGCCACAACUACGGCAGUGGUAUCAGGGCUGGCAGUUAUGGAGGGGAUCAAGUACCUGCUGUGGAAAGGCACGGGAAUGACGCAGUACAGGAACACUUUCGUCUCUCUGGCGCUGACCAUGGUGAUGUCCAGCGAGCCAAUUGCCCCGCACAAAGAAACAGUGACGCUGCCAAGCGGAAAAAUAGAAGUAAGCCCGUGGGACAUGCUGGAAAUGAAAGACGAGCAGCUGUCAGAGAUAAUUAGAAAGCUAAACGAGCGGUGGGGAAUGGAAAUUCACACGGUGAUGAGCGACCUGACUGUGUUGUUCUGCUCGUUCUACAACGCGAAAAAGUUCAAAGACAAUUUGCAGAAAAAGCCGUCAGAGAUACUCUAUCCCUCGGGCGUGCCCCAGGGCGUGCAGUCUGCACGCAUUGAUGCAGUGAUAGAAGACGAAGAAGGAAAUGACAUUCCUGUGCCGUUUAUCAAGAUACUGUUUCGGUAG